UGAAGCUUGUUUACCAACUAAAAAUAACUAUAAAUAAAGACAAUAAAAACCGAUGUUUGAAAUCAGAGCAGAAGAAAAUAAAGGAAAUUCGAUCGAACUCUUAAAUCGACGUUUAGAUAAAUAUACCUCUUAGCUUCCCUCUACAAAAUUUGAUUGGAAAACCCUGAUCUUUCCCGCUCUCGGUUAUCGCGUCUUUUCCUUUUCUUUUAUUUUGGAUGCCCCAGGAAUAAUACUGCCUCCGAUCACAAGCCUUAUUUUAUUUGAAACGGAGGUAGUAUAUAAAAGGAGAGAGAGGUCCGUCCCCGUCACGGUUCUGGUGCCUGGUUGAACGCAGCACAUCUCUCGCCAACAAAGGAAGGACCGGACGAGGAUUAAUUUUAGAGACAAGGAUAAAGCAGAAAUCAUGGCACUGAAAAGAGUUGCAACACAUGUAUCUCAGUGGCUGUUGAAAGGAGAGGAAGGAGUUAGAAACUAUUUUGCUGAUCCGGUCCAAAACUUUUUGAAAUAUGAAGCAGAAAUUUUCAAGGAGGGAGAUCUCGCUAUACAAAAGCUAGAGAGACUCAAAGCUGAAUUUAUGCGCCUUCAGGAACUUUCUGCAGAAUGUAAAGUAAAACAUGGUGCAGCUGAGAAGUUUACGGCUGUUAUUGUGGGUAGUUUUGUUGCAGUUUAUGCUUAUCAUAUCUCGCUAGAACGUGCAGACUUACAGGCCCUUAAAGAGGAAAACAGGAUGUUAUUGGAGCAGAGACGUGGGCGGCUUGCCGAUCAUUAAGUUAUGUGGUUGGGGUCACCUGGGUUCAAGUUCUGGAUUAUAUGCCAUGUGCUGAGUUAUGUAAGUUAUUACUAGGGUGUGGGCAUUUUCUCUUUUGUGAAUGGGGUAAUU